AUGUCCCUGGAUCCUGACGCUACCAUCAAAACUCUCGGUAUACGGUGGAGUCCUCGGGACGACACACUCUUCUACACUAUUAGCGCGCCUGCUUCCGAGGUCACUACCAAGCGUGCAAUUUUAUCACAAAUUGCGAAACUAUUUGAUCCACUAGGCCUCCUUGGCCCUAUAAUUGUCUAUGCUAAGAUAAUAAUGCAGCUUUUGUGGAAGGCUGGACUAGCCUGGGAUGAAUCAAUCCCGAUCUCAAUUCACUCACUGUGGGCCCAAUUUCGGGCCCAGCUGUCUAUGAUUGAAGAGCUGCGUUUCAAGCGCAGCGUUGCGUUCUCGGGAGCAGUCGAUAUCCAAUUGCAUGGAUUUUGUGACGCAAGCGAGCGAGCAUACGGAGCGUGUAUCUACAUCUGCUCUAUCGAUGAGGCUGGGCAUGUUCGUACUCAUCUGGUUUGUUCAAAAUCACGAGUUGCCCCAGUGUCGUCACUAUCAUUACCUCGAUUAGAGCUCUGCGCUGCGUUAUUACUUUCCAGACUCUAUGACGUAGCUAUUAAAACCCUAUUGUUGGAUAUUAAGGACGUCUUCUUAUGGUCUGAUUCAACUAUCACACUUCAUUGGAUAAAUACCCCUCCUCAUCUACUAAAAACCUUCGUUGCCAAUCGAGUGGCGGAGAUUCAGAGGCUUUCUAAUCGUUGCCAUUGGCGCCGCGUGUCUUCUCAAGACAAUCCUGCGGACUCUAUUUCGCGUGGCCAAACUCCGGCUGAGUUCGUUGCCAAUAGCAUCUGGCAGACUGGCCCAAGUUGGCUGCAGUGCGAGCCUAGCACUUGGCCCAAGGGAGCUCUCCCUUCAAUCGACAUUCCAGAAAUGAAGCCUAUGAUUCCCGAUCGCGUACUUUGUAUGACAAUAGAGUGCGGACUCAAUGAUCUGCUCGAAAAAUACCACUCUAGCCAUAAAUUAAAAUGGGUCGUGGUUUACGUAAUGCGUUUUGUUUACAACGCUCGCCAUAAAAAUCAUCGCAGAUUUGAUCGAUUAAGUUUACAGGAGCUACAACAAGCUCAUGAUCUCAUAAUAAGAAUUACUCAGCACUCAGCCUUUCUGAAAGAAAUAAAGCAACUAAAAAACAAUGAAGUUAUCUCCGACAAUAGUAAAUUAAUUCCGUUAAAUCCCUAUCUUGACGAGCAAGAUCUCUUAAGAGUAGGAGGAAGGCUGGCUCGUUCCUCGCUAACUAAGGAGCAGCAACACCCCCUGCUCUUACCAGCUAGUCAUUGUAUAACGCGUCUUAUCAUAACCGAAGAACACGUGCGGCUGAAGCAUGCUGGCACUCAAGCCACCCUAUAUUCGGUGCGUCAAACAUAUUGGUCCUUAGACCGUCGCAACAUUUCGCGAAAAAUUAUCUAUCGUUGCAUUACCUGCUUUCGAGCGAAACCGCGUGCCGCUGAUCACGUCAUGGGAAUCGUGCCUGAACCCCGUGUCACCCCCUCCCGUCCAUAUGCAUGUCAACCAAAGCAGUUCACUUAG